UCCACGAGUAACGUUUCCACGUCAGGUGUUAUGCUAGCAGCAGAGUUGGGUGUUACAAAGUAACGCGUUACAGUAACGUAACUACUUUUUUCGGGUAAAACGUAGUGCAACGCGUUACUACGAAACAUUUGGUAACGUAACGUAGUUUCUUCUUCAAUUCUCCGCAACGUUACUUUUACGAGUGACAGUGACACUGCCUACUCAGCUGCGUGCUUACGCAUUAGGCACGAGCUCUCAUUCCACACUGUACGUGCUACGUGACGUGCUGGUGGUGGCAUGAAGACUGAAGAGCAGUGAUGGCAACGGCAAGUGAGAAGCAGGCGCAGCCAACGCUAACAUUCGAGGGAUGGAGGUAUUCCCAUUACUUCGAACUUGUUGACAAUAAGGGGAAAAAUGUGAGUGUAAGGUGCACGUUGUGCCCUGGCCAGAAACUUUUGUCCACUGCCGUUAAUUCAACUGCCAACCUCAUCAAGCAUUUGAGAGGAAAACAUGCUAGCAUGAAGCUAGUAGCUCAAGAUCCCCGGAGAAAUGAAGAUAUUUCGAGUCCAAGCCCAAAGCAGCUAAAACUUCAGUUUCUCCUAUCUAAACAAGAGUUGGACAAACUUGUAGCUUCGUUCAUCGUCGAAGAAAUGUUGCCCAUCAAUACUGUUGAAUCUCCCACUUUCAGAAAGAUACUUAGCAAGAUACCGAUAACAGGAGACAGGCGCCCAUGGUCAGAUCGUAAAACGUUCACUGGCUAUCUGGAUGAAUGCUAUCUGAAAAUGGAGAGUGAAUUAAAGAAAACGUUCGAGAGUUUGCCGUAUCUGUCAACCACUGCGGAUAUAUGGAGUAGUCAUAACAGAAGCUUUUUGGGAAUCACUGUGCACUGGAUCAAUCCAUGCAACUUUAAACGUGAGAAAGCUGCCAUCGCAUGCAAAAGAAUAAAGGGCAGGCAUACAUAUGAUGUUAUAGGCUUUGAAAUGGAACAGAUUCACUCAGCAUUUGGCCUUUCACAUAGGAUCACCGCCACCGUUACAGACAACGGGUCUAAUUUUGUUAAAGCUUUCAAGAUGUAUGCACCGCCUGAGCCUAACGAGGAGGAGGAUAAUGACGAGCAAGGUGUCGUUUUCACAGAUGUGGAAGAGUUGCUUGGGGCCACAGAAGGACAGUUUUCUCUUCCCCCGCAUUUCAGGUGUGCUUCGCAUACACUCAAUUUGAUCUCGUGCAAUGACAUCGACAAAUGGCUGUCCUCCAACAGUGACUCAAAAUGUGUGUACAGGAGUGCAACGGCAAAGUGCGCUGCUCUUUGGACAAAGGCGAGCCGCUCUACCUUGGCCUCUGAGAUUGUCGAUGAAAUCUGUGGAAAAAAAAUGAUUGUGCCUACAUCAACAAGGUGGAAUUCCUUCCACGAUGCCCUGUCCCGCAUCAGUGACAUCCCGGCCCAAGAUUUGAAUACGCUUUGUACUAGACUGGACAUCAGAGCCCCGACAGAGCGCGAACAUCUAUUCCUAAAGGAAUACUGCAGUGUUUUGAAACCCCUGACGGUAGCACUGGAUAUAUUGCAAGGGGAAGACAACUGCUACUAUGGGACUCUUCUACCAACCCUGGAGACCCUGAUGUCCAGGACACUGGCACUCCAAAAUGGACUGUCGAGGAUGACAGCAAACCUACCGGGUGUAAUUGUACAGGCUAUCAGGACGCGAUUCGCACCAGUGUUGGAGAGCAGUGAAGCUUUAUUGGCUGCCUUGACGUUGCCGAAAUUUAAAGUUCGAUGGAUUGUGGGAGCGGAGCGGAGAGAAGCGGCGCGUGCGCUGCUCAUCGCGGAGUGUCGCACUCUACCCCGUGAUGAAGAGCCGGCUAACAAUAAAAACCGAGAAGCCGCCGCACACAGCAGCGCCAAUGAGAAUGACUUUUUUUCUUUUGAUGAGGAAGAGGAAGACGCAAUGUCCAUUAGCAGAGACUCGGAGGUAUUUGAGUACAUGAGAUCAGGCUCAGAGUUAGAAGUCCUCAACCGUUUCCCCCGAGUGAAAGCUGUGUGUAUGAAAUACAACACUGCCACACCAUCCAGUGCACCGGUGGAGAGGCUGUUCAGCCUGGGAGGUAUUGUGCUUUCCCCCAGAAGAAACAGACUCUCAGAUAAACGUUUUGAAAGACUGCUCCUGAUGAGGUAUAAUCGCACAUUUUGUACUGAUGUGGAAUAGGUUGCCUGCCACCCAUGCUAUAGACAUAGCUCAAGCCUAUGCCUAAUAUCCUCUUUUUUUUAUCUGCCAUCAUACUGUGAAGAAGGGUGAGCAUAUGCAGUGAACAUAGCCUUUUAAUUCUGAGGCCAGUCCUGCUUUAAGUUGUUCUUGAUUUUAUUUUGGCUAAAAUGUCUUUGCUUCCAAGCUGUAUUAUGCCAUUUUAUUUUAUUUACACAAGCCAUCGAUAUCAAGACAUUUUGAAGUUAUUCUUUUUCUGUUGGAUUUACAUGAGGCAUGUUUUAUUUUGAGACACAUGAGCCAUUUUGAGGUUAUCAUGUUGUUCCUAAGGAGCCUAUUGAUAUGAUUUGCACUAGCUUUGCACCUAUUUUGGGGCUAGCCUGUUUAAUGAUUAUGAUUUUAUAUUGAUAUUUGAUAUUGAUAGCCCAAUGUUUUGUUAAGUGCUCUGUGGCAUUUUUUUAUAAUAAAGAGCACAAAAGAAAUAUCUGUUAUGUCCUCCAUAUAUGUAGAACUUUAUGUAAGCCUACACAUUUAGGAACAGAGAUGGAGUUCUGCCCAAAGUCGAGCAACAUAAAAGUAACGUAAAAGUAACGAGUAACGUAAAAAGUUACUUUCC